AUGGACUCUUCAAGUUCGCGAUUGGAUAAUGAGGGUAAAUUUGACGAUGCUUUAACCCAUCAAGAUGACCGCCAAAAUGAUAUGGGUGAAAAAUUUGAAGAGUCGAAUGAUUUAAUGGCAUUUAUUUCAAAUGAAGAGUUGAAUGAUGAUGAAGAAAAUGUGGUACUACUUGUGGUGUUAAAGGAUGAUGAGAAAGUUGAGGAACCGAAAGAAUCAAUGAUAUUUAGUUCAUUAGAAGAAGUCUGCUCUUAUUAUAGGAAGUAUGCUAAGCAAGCUGAGCGACCUAGAACAAGUAAUUGUGCGAAGCCAACUCCAGCAACUAAUAGAACAGGGUGUGGUGCCAGGAUUUGUGCGAAUUUGUGUGAUGAUGGAACGUGGUUUUUGAGUAAAGUUGAGCUGACGCAUAAUCAUUCGUUAAGCCCGGGCAAAGCGAUAUUUUUUAGAAGCAAUAAGAAAAUUAAUGAUGCUGCGAAAAGAAGGCUUGAGCUAAAUGAUAGAGCAGGAAUACGUUUGUGUAAAAAUUUCAAUUCAUUAGUUGUUGAAAGUGGGGGGUUUGAGAAUCUUUCAUUUGGAGAGAGAGAUUGCCGGAAUUAUAUUAACAAGGCAAGAGAACUCCAUCUUGGUAAAGGAGAUGCUCAAGCACUUUGUGAUUAUUUCAGAAUAAUGCAAAAGCAGAAUAGUGGCUUCUACUAUGUGAUAGAUAUGGACGAUGAUUGUAGGUUACGAAAUGUAUUUUGGGCUGAUGCACAGAGUAGGGCAGCGUAUGAUUUAUUUGGAGAUGUUUUUACGUUUGACACAACGUAUUUGACCAAUAAAUAUGACAUGCCAUUUGCUCCUUUUAUAUGA